AGAGGAAGUCGAGCUGUAAAUCUGCCACGUACUCAAAUUCCAUUCCAACUUCCAAGUCCUCAACAAGGGAGUGGUCUCUCCCUCUCCCUCGUCGUCAACGUCAACAACAAAAAGUCAAUCAAAUAUCAAUUUCCUCACCCACACACAGAAUGGAUCGAUCAUAACCAAAAUCUCCUCUAUCAACAAUCCUUAACGAAAAAUAAUAGCAGUAAUUAAUCUCUUUCUCUCUUUGCAAUUUAAUCCAAACCCAAAUCCAAUCUUAUGUCUAAAUUAUUCUAUCAUCCAACGAUUAAAUUGCUGAAAAUUUUAAUUCUAUUAUUAUUAUUUUUAGGAGGAGAUUUUGGUUCGAACAAUAAUAAUAAUAAUUAUUAUGUUGAGGCUUUCAAGGUACCUUUUAGGGUUAAGGAUGUGCUUCCGGUGCUGCCUCACCAGAUAUCGUGGCCGGUUUUGAACAAUCUCCACAGCGCCGUUGAUUUAUUGCCUUAUUUUGUUGGAUCUGUUUCUCCUGAUAAUGGAACUCUUCAGUGGAAAGGAGCUUGCUUUUACGACAACGAAGCUCGCCUCGACUUCGCCCUCGCUGAUUCCGAUCACGAUCCUGCCUUGGGCGGCGGCCUUCUCCGUCUCAAGACAUCUGCGGCGCAUAGCUGGACAUGUAUGGAUUUGUAUGUUUUUGCAACGCCAUACAGAGUUACUUGGGAUUACUACUUUUCUGCACGGGAACACACAUUGAAAUUUGAUUCGUGGGAAGAAGCUGCUGAGAUGGAAUAUGUGAAGCAGCACGGUGUCUCUGUAUUUCUCAUGCCGUCUGGAAUGCUGGGGACCUUGCUUUCUUUAAUUGAUGUCUUGCCUCUGUUUUCUAAUACAGUGUGGGGUCAGAAUGCUAACUUAGCUUUCCUCACAAAGCACAUGGGUGCUACAUUUGAGAAACGACCUCAGCCUUGGCGCACAACCAUUAAUCCAGAUGAUGUUCAUUCUGGUGACUUUUUGGCAGUCUCCAAGAUUCGUGGUCGGUGGGGUGGAUUUGAGACAUUGGAGAAAUGGGUGACUGGUGCAUUUGCUGGUCACACAGCAGUUUGCUUGAAGGAUGAACUGGGGAAUCUUUGGGUUGGUGAAUCAGGACACGAGAAUGAAAAGGGUGAAGAGAUUAUAGUGGUAAUCCCAUGGGAGGAGUGGUGGGAGUUGUCACUAAAGGAUAGUUCUAAUCCACAGAUAGCUUUGCUUCCUUUACAUCCAGAUGUGCGUGCAAAGUUCAACUCGACUGCGGCUUGGGAAUAUGCUCGAAGCAUGUCUGGCAAGCCAUACGGUUAUCACAAUAUGAUAUUUAGUUGGAUUGACACAAUAGCUGAUAAUUACCCACCCCCUCUUGAUGCUCACUUGGUCAUUUCUGUCAUGUCUAUGUGGACUCGUGUGCAGCCAGCAUAUGCUGCAAAUAUGUGGAAUGAAGCUCUAAAUAAACGGCUUGGAACUGAGGAUUUGGACCUGUAUGGGAUUUUAGGUGAGACAGAAAGGCGCGGCAUAGCCUUUGAUGAAUUACUUACUGUUCCAGAACACGAUGAAUGGGUUUAUAGUGAUGGGCAAUCAACAACUUGUGUUGCUUUUAUUCUUGCAAUGUAUAAGGCAGCUGGAGUAUUUGGUCCAGUUUCCAGCUCUGUUCAAGUAACUGAAUUUACUAUUCGCGAUGCAUACAUGCUUAAGAUUUUCGAAAACAACCAAACACGUUUGCCAAGCUGGUGCAACAAUGGAAAUGUUCAGCUCCCGUUCUGCCAGAUUCUCGGCGAGUAUCAGAUGGAGUUGCCGGAGUAUAACAGCGUAGAGCCAUAUGCCAACAUGAAUGAGAACUGCCCAUCUUUACCUCCUGUUUAUGAUAGGCCCAUUCAAUGUUAGUUCCAGUCUUACUUAUUUACUAUUCCGAAGAUUCUCUUAAUUCUGUGCUUUAAAUUUGUUGCCUGUCAUCUUUGAAGCUACAAACCUGGCCUUCAAAAACAGUUGUAGAACAUUUAAGUGCCACGUGUUCUUUCCCACUUCUGACUAAAAAUAUUUCAGUUUAUGUAUAUAAGACAUUAUUAGUA